GACGGGUGCUGUGGUGCCGUCCAUCGGGCAGCGACACACAUCCGGACUUUGCAGGCUUCGAUCGCAGAGGAAGACGAGAAGCCUCAGCUACGGGACGUUCUCAGAUCUCGCUUCCAAUUCGAUCUGACCUUGCUCCACUUCGCUGUCAAAGUCGUUGCGAAUGUCGAUCCGGCGGGACAGGCGUGCCUGGCCUUGCUCACGGCCAAGGCCGAUCCAAGGAUCAAGGCUUUCGAGGGGGAGACGCCCCUCCACUGGGCAGCAACCGACGGCUGUAGGGAGAUCUACGAUGAGCUCGCAGCUGCCGCCCGACGUUUAGAGGCCGAGGAGGCAGUUCGUGGACGCCUCGUCUCAGGCCAGGGCGGCUCGACUGAGGAGCCCCCCUCAACAGUUGAACCGCUGCUGGCAGAGACGCAAAAGAUUCUGCGUCGGCGCCUGGUUCGCCUGGAGGUUGAACGUGAUGAAUCGCAGCGCAAAGGAGAUGAGGACUCCAGCAUGUGGCUGCAGGCCGGAAUGCUCGCCUUCAAGCAUGCAGUGCUCCAGCCAAAGUUGCGUCGCGAGGGUGGUGAGAGUCAUCCCCCAUCGCCGAAGAAGAGUGCAGCCAAGAGUCGGGCUUCAGCCACAGGCCCAACCAGCGCUCGCCGGGCGUCGGCUGUUGGAGUGUCUUCACCAGGCACACGCCGGGUCUCCGGCAGCGGCUUGGCCCGGCAGACAUCACCAGGAGGCCUCUCGCCCCCUGUGCGACGGUCGUCAGUGGUGUCUGGCAGCCCCGCCUCACCAGGAGGCAGCUCCGGCAGUCCCAGGACCUCGCCACCCAAACUGCAGCGCACGCGGCGUGCGAGCUUAGCAUAG